GCAGGUGGGGAAACCGUGAGGUGAACGUGCCCUAGCUUGGUGUGACAGAGGCUGGAGAGAAGGCAAGGAUCCUAAGGAACCAGACUGACAGCUGGCAGAGAGAGAAGUUGGCUACAACCAUGGAAUCACCAGAGGAGCCUGGAGCAUCCAUGGAUGAGAACUACUUUGUGAACUACACUUUCAAAGAUAGGUCACACUCAGGCCGUGUGGCUCAAGGCAUCAUGAAACUGUGUUUGGAGGAAGAGCUCUUUGCUGAUGUCACCUUUUCAGUGGAAGGCCAGGAGUUUCAGCUCCACCGAUUGGUCCUCUCAGCUCAGAGUUGCUUCUUCCGGUCCAUGUUCACUUCCAACCUGAAGAAGGCCCACAACCAGGUAAUUGUGCUGCAGGAUGUCAGCGAGUCUGUUUUCCAGCUCCUGGUUGAUUAUAUCUACCAUGGGACUGUGAAACUUCGAGCUGAGGAGCUGCAGGAAAUUUAUGAGGUGUCAGACAUGUAUCAGCUGACAUCUCUCUUUGAGGAGUGUUCUCGGUUUUUGGCCCGCACAGUGCAAGUGGGCAACUGCCUUCAAGUGAUGUGGCUGGCAGAUCGACACAGUGAUCCUGAGCUCUACACUGCUGCCAAGCACUGUGCCAAGGCCCACCUGGCCCAGCUGCAGAGCACAGAGGAAUUUCUCCACUUGCCCCACCAUCUACUCACUGAUAUCAUCUCUGAUGGAGUUCCAUGUUCCCAGAACCCAACAGAGGCAAUAGAAGCCUGGAUCAAUUUUAAUAAAGAAGAAAGAGAGGCUUUUUCAGAGUCGCUCAGGACUAGCUAAGAAGAUGACUCCAUCAGUGUAAAUGGCCAAAAUAGCUCGUGCCACCAGAUCACUGCAGCCUGCAAGCAUGGCGAAGACUUGUACGUGGUGGGAGGGUCCAUCCCACGGCGCAUGUGGAAGUGCAACAAUGCCACUGUGGACUGGGAAUGGUGUGCGCCUUUGCCCCGUGACCGACUCCAGCACACCCUGGUGUCUGUGCCCGGAAAAGAUGCCAUAUAUUCACUGGGUGGCAAGACACUGCAGGAUACCCUCUCCAACGCAGUUAUCUAUUAUCGGGUAGGUGAUAACGUCUGGACUGAGACAACCCAGUUAGAGGUGGCUGUGUCAGGGGCCGCUGGUGCCAACCUCAACGGGAUCAUCUACUUACUAGGGGGGCAGGAGAAUGACCUGGACUUCUUUACCAAACUGUCCCAACUCAUCCAGUGCUUUGACACAGAGACAGACAAGUGUGACGUGAAACCCUAUGUGCUGCCCUUCGCUGGCCGCAUGCACGCAGCUGUGCAUAAGGAUCUGGUGUUCAUCGUGGCUGAAGGGGACUCCCUGGUGUGCUACAAUCCCCUGCUAGACAGCUUUACCCGGCUUUUCCUUCCUGAGGCCUGGAGCUCUGCCCCAUCCCUCUGGAAGAUCGCCAGCUGUAAUGGGAGCAUCUAUGUUUUUCGGGACCGAUAUAAAAAGGGGGAUGCCAACACCUACAAGCUUGAUCCUGCCACUUCGGCUGUAACUGUCACUAGAGGCAUUAAGGUGCUGCUUACCAAUUUGCAGUUUGUGUUGGCCUAAGGCUGUGAGGGGAAGAGCAGCUGACUUUUGCCCUCCCUUUCUCCAGCACCUACCCAUCCAAACUCAAAGUCCCGGAGGCCCCC